AUGCCGAGACUAUCCAAGCGUAAACUUCAAGCACAUAAAGCUAAUCAAGUGUCAGUAAAUGUACGAAAAACUGUUAAUCGUGAAGAACAAAUCCAAACUAUCAAUAAAGCAUUAUUACAAAUGAACGAUAAUGAAUUAGAAGUAAUUCACCAAGAUAUUAUCCAAUUAACUAGCAACAAAAAAGUAAUUCAAACUACACGUCGUCAAAAGCUAAUUGAAACUAUCAAACAAUUGCCGGAUAACCAACUAAAAUCUGCAAGUCACAUGUUAACUACGAUGAGAUAUUCCAAAGAGUCACAGGAGGGUAAUUUAUUUUCCCCGUUCAUACAAAAUAAGGCAUUAAAUUAUGUGAAUUCUUCACUUCACAAAGUAGGCCAAGACUCAAAAUCGUUUAUUCAAGAAAAUAAAACCCUUCAAAAAAAAAUAAAUCAAUUAGAAUAUUCCAAUGCUCAAAAAAGUUAUAAACUUAAGCAAUUGGCAGGAUCGAUAGCUCAAUUUGAACAUAAACAACAUCAGAAUAUCUCAAAAAUAUGUGCAAUUGCUCGUAAACCUCAAGUUUUAGACUCACGAAGCUUAAAAACAAGUAUUCAAGCUAUGCUCAUGAAAAAUAAAUAUGAAUACACAACUCAAUUUAUCAACAUGGCAACACAAGUAUCACAAAUCGAUGAUUCGUUAAUACCAAUUUCACGGCAAUCAAUUGUUCGAUGGAAUAAGGAGAUUA